AUGGCGGCGAUGGCGAAUCUCGCUAACACCAUGGAAGCUAAUGCUGCUGCGACUCUGCAAGCAGUGCAAAGAUUGGGCCAACCGACUGGGAAUGGCAACGGAAAUGGGAAUGGCGAAGGGAAUACCAAUGAUGCUGAGGGUAACGGCGAUAACACAGGAGGAGUUUCGAUGACCUUGGCGACGUUCCUCAAGGUUCAUCCGCCACUUUCCGAGGAUCCCACAGAUCCUAUUGAAGCGGACCACUGGUUCCAGGCUAUAGAGCGUGCUUUACAGGCGCAGCAUCUUCAGAACGCCGACAUUCCAUGGGAGGUGUUUCAAACGGCUUUCUACAAGAAAUACUUUCCUGAGUCUGCAAGGGAAGCAAAGGAGAUGGAGCUAAUGCAGCUGAAGCAAGGUUCCAUGUCUGUGGCAGAGUACACCAACAAGUUCGAAGAGCUUUGUAGGUUUUCUCGGGUAUGUCAGGGUGACCCGGAGACUUUCGAGAGCUGGAGGUGCAUUAAGUACCAAAGGGGCUUGAAGGACAACAUUAUGACUGCUGUGGCUCCUAUGGAGAUCCGUGUCUUCUCCGACUUGGUGAACAAAGCAUGGGUAGUGGAGGAGUAUGCCAAGACAGUGGCGGCAUCUAAGGACACUCAUGGAGGGAGCUCUAGUCGUGGGCGUGGCAAGUAUUUUCAUCCAAGAGGACAAAGCUUCAAAAGAGGGGGAUAUACUCCUCAAGGCCAAGGGGGCUUCAGAAAGAACAAUCAGAAUCAGUUUCAGUAUGCUAAAGGAAGAGGAAAUCAGAGUGGUUGCUUCAAGUGUGGGUUACCUGGCCACAUUGCGAGGGAUGCCCUCGUGGGGGAAUCAGAAUGCGAGCCAGAGUCAGCAUCAAGGUCGAGUCUUUGCUGUGAAUGCCAAGGAUGCUUCCAAGGCGGAUCCUUUGAUGAAGGUAUAUGUCUAAUUGGUGAUAAAUCCUUAGUUGCAUUAUAUGAUACUGGAGCUUCGCAUUCGUUUAUUUCAUUUGCUAAAGUUGAGGAAUUAGGCUUGAAAGUAUCAGAGUUACCUUUUGAUCUACAUGUACAUACUCCGCAUCAAACAAUUAUGACUAGGUCAGGUUGUAGACAAGUAGGUUUCAAGCUUGAGGGUAGAGACUUUGUACACGAUUUGAUCUGUUUACCAAUGGUGGGGCUGGAGAUGAUUUUGGGGUUUGAUUGGUUGUCGAAGAACCGGAUUUUGUUGGAUUUCUUUGAACGGACAAUUCGGUUUAUGCCGGAAGGAGAAAAUGGAGCAGUGGUAGCUACAGGGUAUUACCUGAACUCUGUAAUGGUGCAUUAUAGUGGGGAGGAGUGUCAGGGUUAUAUUCUGUUGGCUGCCAAUGCGUUGGGCGAUGCCCAUAACAUAGAUCAAAUUCCGGUGGUUAGAGAUUUUCCAGAAGUGUUCCCGGAAGAUAUCCCUGAGUUCCCACCUCAAAGGGAAAUUGAGUUUGCGAUUGAAUUGGUGCCGGGCCGGACCAGUAUCGAUUGCACCGUAUAG